AUGCAGUGGCGCUCCCUCGCCGCUCUCGCGGUGCUCCUAGCCCACGGCACCGUCACCGUCGACGCACAACAAAUGAUGCGGUUCUCAUGCUCAAAGCUAACGAUCGAACGACUAGACCCAUUGGUCUCGCCGGGCAUGGAGCAAUCGCCGCACAUGCACCAGGUCGGCGGCGGCAACUCGUUCCGGGCCAACAUGCCGCCCGUCGACUACGAUCCCGUGAAGGAGUCCACCUGCACGUCGUGUACCUUUGCCGAGGACUUCUCGAACUACUGGACUGCGAACCUGUUCUUCAAAGCGAGGAACGGAAGCUUGAAGCGGGUGCCCCAGCUGGUGAAUAUGGGACUCAAGGCAGAUGGGGGGCUGACGGUGUAUUAUAUCCCGCCGUAUGAUGGGAAGACGAACGUUACGGCUUUUAAGCCGGUGGGGUUUUUUGAUUUUAUUACCUAUUGGUGGCUGCCCGCUUACUUCGUACCUGUUUCUAUUCGUUGUCCUUACGAUAAACUUGGAUUCCGCAUGCUAGUCGGCGAAUCAACCCUCCGCCAAUCGCAAGGCCAACAGCGGCAGCUAUGCCACCGAUGCUUCGCGACAGUUAACCAAGUCCCAUUCGGAGGCGCGCCCUGCACGGGCGACGACACCGCGGCACUACCGCCCACCAUGUGCACCGGCGGGAUCCGCACAACGAUCACGUUUCCGACCUGUUGGGACGGAGUAAACGUUGACUCGCCGGACCACAAGAGUCAUGUUGCGUACCCCGAAACCGGGACUUUUGAGAGCGGAGGGACGUGUCCCGAGAGCCAUCCCGUUAAGUUGCCGCAGCUUAUGUAUGAGGUUAUGUGGGAUACGAGGGAGUUUAACAGGCCUGACUUUUGGCCUGAGGAUGGGUCGCAGCCGUUUGUGUAUAGCAUGGGUGAUGGGUCGGGCUACGGACAACACGGCGAUUACGUAUUCGGGUGGAAGGACGACGCAUUGCAGCGGGCGUUGGAUGCGCGGUGCAGCAACGACAAGUGCGCUGAGUUGAUAUCACAGACUUCGGACGAGGCUACGCGGUGUACACUCAACCAGACGGUGCCAGAGAGAUAUGAUGGAUGGCUCAACCAACUCCCUGGCAACUGGACUAUCACUUACGCGGAGUAA